AUGGCAUCUCAUAUCUGUUAUAUAGUCCCCAAAUUAUCCUUCGAUACACACCCUUCCCAAGUCUUCACUGAUACCCCAAUAGUGAUGACAAAGUUUUACCAGCACAUCCUUGCUUUGGUGUUUGCUGUCGAUGAGAUCAACGAGAAUCCCAGGAUGUUGCCCAAUGUCUCUGUGGGAUUCCACAUCUACGAUAACUAUUAUGAUUCAAAGAUGAGCUACCGAGCCACCCUAGACCUGAUCUUUAAAGCACAUCACUUUAUUCCCAACUACAGGUGUGGCGUCCAGAAAAAUGUAAUAGGAGUCAUUGGGGGACUUAGCUCUGAUACCUCCUGGUGCAUGGCAAACAUCUUAGAUCUUUUCAAGAUUCCACAGAUUUCAUAUGGUUCAUUUGAACAAGCCAUAAAUGAUCAAACCAAGAUCCCUUCUUUCUACCGCAUGGUCCCCAAUGAAGACCUUCAGUAUCAGGGAAUUAUCCAGUUACUUCUGCAUUUCAGAUGGAAAUGGGUUGGGCUCGUGACUACAGCUGAUGAAGCUGGUGAACAUUUCUUACAGACAAUGGAACCCAUGUUUUUCAAGAAUGGAAUCUGUUCGGCAUUCACAGAAAGAGUUGAACUCAAUCUGCAUUAUAAUGGUAACUUACUAGAAAUGCUGGGUAACUCAAGGAUUUUGUUACCAACUUUCAAAACCAGCAAAGCCAGUGCAGUUCUUGUAUAUGGAGAAAGUAGAUUUAAUAUAUGGUUGUCAAGUGCUUUAAGCAUAAUGGAGUUCACUCAGCUACUAUUUCCUCAAAAGAAGUCACGUGAAGGAAAACUACACUCAUACCUGCAGAGAAUCUCAUUCAACAACAGUGCUGGAGAUGAAAUUAAAUUCAAUGAAUAUGGAGAGUUGGCAGCUAGCUUGGAUAUUACAAACUUGGUCACAUUCCCAAAUACAUCGUACAUCAGAGUCAAAGUGGGAAGGUGGGAUCCUCAGGCCCCUCCCGGCAAAGAGUUCACCAUUAAUGAGGACAGAAUCAAAUGGCACAGAGGCUUCACUGAGGUGCCACCGCUUUCUAUAUGUAAUGACAACUGCCGUCCUGGUUAUGGGAAGAAAAGGAAGGAGGGAAAGAAGUUUUGCUGUUAUGAUUGUGAUCCAUGUCCAGAAGGAAUGAUCUCAAAUGAGAAAGACAUGGAAACAUGUGUCAGUUGCCCAGCAGAUCAGUAUCCAAACAAUGACCAGGAUCUAUGCAUAGCUAAAAUUCCAAACUUCCUGGGCUUUGAUGAAACCCUGGCCAUUGUUUCAACUUCUUCUGCGCUUCUGUUCUCUCUGAUCACAAUUUUGGUGCUUGGCAUCUUCAUUAAGCAUCGUGAUACAGUCAUAGUCAAAGCCAACAACAGAAGCCUGACCUACGGUCUCCUUAUCUCCCUCCUCUUGUGUUUCCUCUCAUCUUUGUUGUUCAUCGGAAAACCUAAUAUGGUGACCUGCCCUCUCCGACAAAAUGCUUUUGGCAUUGUCUUUUCUGUGGCCCUCUCCAGCAUCUUAGCCAAAACCAUAUUGGUGGUUUUGGCAUUCAUGGCUACCAAACCAGGAUCCAGGAUCAGGAGAUGGGUAGGCAAAAAACUGGCUUAUUCCAUUGUCCUUUCCUGCUCUGUGAUUCAAGUAGGGAUCUGUGUCUUCUGGCUGGCAACCUCUGCCCCAUUCCCAGAUGUGGACAUGCACUCAAUGACCGAAGAAAUCAUAUUUCUAUGUAAUGAAGGGUCAGACCACAUGUUCUAUUGUGUUUUUGGCUACAUGGGCUUCCUGGCCACUGUCAGCUUCACGGUGGCCUUCCUAGCCAGAAAGUUGCCUGACACUUUCAACGAAGCCAAGUUCAUCACCUUCAGCAUGCUGGUCUUCUGCAGCGUUUGGCUCACCUUCAUUCCAACGUAUCUGAGCACCAGAGGAAAAUACAUGGUGGCUGUGGAGAUCUUCUCCAUCCUGGCUUCCAGUGCUGGCCUGUUGGGUUGCAUCUUUUCCCCUAAAUGCUACAUUAUUGUGGUGAGGCCAGAUCUGAACAACAGAGAGCAGUUCAAACAGCCUAAUUCUGAGUCAGAGCAGUUGUCUAUCCAGUGA